AUGUCAUCGACUGAGAUCUCAAAACACGACGAGAAUUAUAUCCCCAUCGGCAUUACAAGUUUGGAUCAUCUUGCACUGGUCUCGGAUUCCAGCCAAACCUGCGAAGCCCAAAUUGCUCCGAGCCCAACCCAGCCUGUUGCUACUGAUUCUCAGGCCUCUGGACUCUCCCGGCUAGGCAUCUCCCAAGCCAGAAAUGCCUGCAAGCGAAAGCUCUCAGAUGCUAGUGAUCUGUCCCUUCUUUACGACGGACACUACCGCACUAGCGCCUUUAGCUUCUGUGGAAAGCAUAAAGGUGCCGAGGAACACCGCAGCGUACCUGACGAGGAGCCUGCUGACAGCGGGCGAAUCUACGACGCCGACGACGAGUGGGAAGAAGAUUGCAACCUCGAACUGAGCCCCGCUCUGUUUAAGUACCAGUUUACUGACAAAAUUUUUCCAAAGAUGAUGUUCGUCUCUGGUGAGACUGCGGAGGCUUCCGUAGAAACCACCACCCUCAUCGAGGACAUCACUCGUGAGCAGGUCUUGGAGAUUCUCACCCGUGGAGCUCAGAUGGCGGCUCGCCGAGGGUCUCGUUCAAUUUCUACCGAUGACUUGAUCUUCCUGAUCCGCCACGACAAGGCCAAGGUCUCCCGUCUCCGCACUUUCUUGUCCUGGAAGGAUGUUCGCAAGAAUGUCAAGGACUCCGAUGACAAGGGCGGCGCUGACGCGGCUGACUUUGCCGCUGCCGACGAUGCAGCCGGUGUUGUGGCGGGUCCGCAGGACGUCGCUUCCAAGCCCAAGAACAAACGGGCCAAGGUUGGCCUUGCGUGGGAUGUCAACAGCUUCUUCUCGGUGCAGAUUCCAGAACGUGAAGACGAGGAAGAUGAAGAGGAGGAAGAGCAAAACUACGCCACUCUUCAGCGCCUCGCCGCGGCCGACGAACGCACCAAGCACAUGACCAAGGAGGAGUAUGUCGUCUGGUCAGAGUGUCGUCAAGCUUCAUUCACAUACCGCAAGAGCAAGCGGUUCCGUGAGUGGGCAGGCUUUGGAAUUGUGACCGAAUCCAAGCCGAACGACGACAUCGUGGACAUUCUCGGUUUCCUCACCUUUGAGAUCGUCCAAACCCUGACCGAGGAGGCCCUCAAGGUGAAAGAACGGGAAGAUCACGAAAAGAACCGCGGCGGCGCGGAUGCCUCGGGCGCGGACUCUAAGAAGCGCAAACGAGAAACUGGUCUUUUCGAUCCUCCCGAAGAGGGUCGGACUCCCGUCGAGCCCCGACACAUCCGCGAGGCCUAUCGCAAGCUCCAGGCGAUUCCGCAAAAGUCCAUCGCGAUGCUGCUGCACAACGGCCGAGUGCCCGCCAAAUUGCCUCUGAAAUUGAUCUGA